AUGCAAACAGAAAGUGAAAUUAAUGAUUAUCUUGUACGAUAUAUUCCUGACCAAAGCAUGACUAUUACGUCCAAAAAAUACGGAGCAAAUUGACGAAGUUAAUUCGAAUAACUGUUUGUACUAAAUUUUAUAACGACAUGUUCCCUCUCAAGAUAUAUUCGCGUUAAAUAUUUCACAGAGAGCAUUAAAUAAGAAGCAAAGGAAAACUAUUUGUGAUAAAGUGCACCAUUGGAAUCAGUUGUAUAAAUUCCUACGAUUGUAUAUAUUACCACGACGUUGCGUAAAAUUGAAUUGUCUAGUGUUCAAAAGCACGUGAAAAUUGUAAAUCAUGUACAAUCAUUCGCAGCAACAUAUCUUGAUGACUAUGACAUUGUAAUACAAAAGCAAGCAUUUGUAAUUGCCAUAUAGAAAUAAUCGCAGACUGUUAUGAAUUAAUUUAUUGGUUACGUGGAACGUUAAAAUCCGUGCCAAGUGAUGAUUAAAGAUAUCGUGCGUAUACACACGUCUAUUACAUUGGGAUAGAUCUUGAUCUGAUAGCAGAAUAUCUUUAAUGAAUCGCUUAUUCGCGAUAAAUCGUUUUUGUAAUUUUAUUUUGUCCGAAUAUAUUUGGGAAUUAAACGAUUUUCUGCACUUGCUGCACACAUAUGAAACAUAUAUUAUGCAAUAUAUAUAUAUAUAUAUAUAUAUAUAUUAAAACGUUGUCUUCGUAACGCAACGUACGCUAUAUGGGAGGUUUGAGAAGAGACGUGAUAAUUUUUGAUCGAUUGUUUGAGAGAUUUCUUGUUAUUCGUUGGAAUAAUUAUAGCUGAAAUAAGCUUCAAUUUAAUUGUAAAUUUCCCGCAAUUAAUUUUCAGAUGAAACAAAUCUCCCAAACAAUUCUUCAGGACUUUCCACCCAUGUCUCGAAAACACCUCGUAUGCCACGAUUCACUCAGACAUUACAUUCGAAAUUAUUACAUUAAUAUGUAUAUUUAAACUAGAUAAUAUUGUAUCCAGCGUUGUUCAUCUUGGUAUCUGAUUUUAUAGGAAGCUUGUAUAUAUAAGCGUUAUCAUUAUAUUAUACUUGACGAACGAUCGGUCGCGGUCAAGGAACAAGAGAAAUCAAAUCACGAUCUGUGUAGAGCAGCAUCGUCUAUGUCGAUGUUGCCAGAGCACGACGUGCAGCAACCUUGACAUGUGUCAGAAUCUCUGUUUAAUUGAUGUCAGCCACUUGGCACGAUGACACUGUCAUGAAUUAGGUUGAACGUCUCCUCGCGACUCUUCGAAGGUUUAUUAUAAUAAUAACAGAUUUAUUAUGUAAAGUAGUUCAAAAGCGGGUUCUGGAGCAGAGUGAUACCAUCACUAUAAUUAUAACGAUUAUUUACUAAAACUGUCACAUUUACACUUUGCUCACUCUGUCUCCUCUCUCUCUCUCUCUCUCUCUUUCUCUCUCUGAAUCACGUGUACAUAGAGCAAAUGCACAUACACAGACACAUAGACAAAAAUAUUGAAAAUAACAGCGUGAGAAACUUUUUAUCGCGAUUAAUACUCAGAUUAAAGAGAUCGAUGGUAAUAGUUUAUUGAUCGAGGAUUACAGGGGUAUUCUAAUUUAAAAUUCGAUUUUUGGAUUUUUUUUCCAUCGCACGAACGAUAAUUACGUGUCCUCGAAGUUGAAUUUCAAAUAAAAAACGAAGAUGAUUCCUUUGACGCCAUAAGAUAUUCCUCCAUAUUUUCCUGAUAAUAAUGAUAAUGCUGGGGGUUAAUCUAAAAUUAUUUUUUUUGUCACGUGCCAAAAAUCAAUGAAGAAAGUAAUCUAAGUCUAAAUUGGAAUAUCCCUUCUUUGCAAAGAUUAACAGGAUGAAAGAUAAAAAAUUUUAGAGAUAUAUACGUAGCGUUGUUCAUUUAACAUCUCUAAAUCGUUGCAUGCAUACACGCAUAUUAGUAUUUUUGAAAAAAAAAAAAAAAAAAAAAAAAGCUUUUUACCAUUCGGCAACACGAGUUAAAUAUUUAAAAAUCUCAUCUUGGAAAGAUCGAAUUCAGUAGAAAAAGUUAGGUAUACGAUAGAUACUCUUUCCCAAAGUGAUUAAAGAGAGAAACAAUAUAUAGCUGAUGAAACUAAUUGAAAUAUAUUUGCUCUGCUCUUUUAGGAUUUAUUAUUAUUCGUGCUUUUUGUAUUUCUAGAGUGACAAGAUUUAGUUACGAGUCGAUAUUUUACGUACAGUUAUUUACAAGGUAUAUGACGAGAUUGCGUCUCGUAAUCGUGAAAUCAUCAAAAAUCUUAAAAUGAUUUCACAGCUACGAGACUUGAAAAUGAAUAUAUCUUUUUCUUUCUUUCUUUCUUUCUUUCUUUAUCCCCGCUAAAGAUCUAGAAAUUCCGCGUACCAGGAACUUCGUAGAUUCGAUUGAAUAUUACAAUUAGCAAUAACAAAGUAAAGAGAGUAAUGACAAACAUAUCGAUUCGAUAGAACGAUCGGAGUUUUGAUUUCCAUGUAUUGUAUAUAGGAGUAUGAAGACGAUAAAGAUAGGGAAAACCCUGAAAAAUGAUAUUUUCACACGAAUGUUAUAUGCUUCCUUUUAAAAAUUAUUUACUUUCACUUUGUUGCAAUAGAAACUUCAAUUUAUUUUUUCUUUCUUCUCGGUACGUGAAUUAUGUAGACGACCGACGAAUUCUGUGAUAAUCAGCACAAAUAUGUAGCUGUUUUACUUUUUGUGCUUUUAUGUUUGUAUAGGAUUUUACGUAUUAUUAUCUUUUACAGAGCCUCUAGUAGAAGUAAUUUGUUUACAAUUUUUCGGGAUCGUUGCUCUUUCUUAAUUUCAAUUGAGAGUUUGUUGUACGCGUCGUCACGUGUGUUCUAAUUGAACUCUCGUUGGAAAAAAAUUGCACGUAAAGGACCUGUUCUUCUUGAAUCUUUUGAACUUUACUACGUAAACACAAACGAAAUCUAAUAUCAAAAAAUGGAAAACGAUAAUGCUAAAGGACACUUAAUACUUUAAUGAUAAUUUAAAAAAAAAAGAAGAUAUUAUUGAGUCUUUCUACAAACGAAAAUCUAUUGAAUUUAUUUUAAAAAAAGGUUCUGAUAUAAGUAGACGAAGCCGAAAAAUUUGA